AUGGGGGAUUCACAACAAGGAAAUAACAAAGGAAAGGGCAAAGAGAAAGAGAACUAUGAAUCUUGGACCAUGGACGAUACCAAUGAGUUGUUGCAUCUCUUGGUGGAUGCUAUCAAUAGUGGAUUGCGAGAUGCUAAUGGGUCACUUAGCAAGCAAAAUGUAGAAAGAGUGAUACUUCCUCGUCUUAAUGCGAAAAUUAGGUUCCCUAAAACUUAUAAUCAUUAUUUGAGUCGAAUGAAGUGGUUUAAGAAGCAAUAUAACAAGAUGUCGAUGUUUAUGCGUAACAACUCUGGCUUUGGGUGGGACCCAAUUGCAAAGACGUUCACUGCUAGUGAGGAAGUAUGGAAAGAUUACUUGAAGUCCCACCCAAGUCAAAGUAAACUUCGAGAAAAAAGUGUAGUUGAUUAUGAGGAUUUGAAGAUUGUCGUUGGGGGUGGAACUGCUACUGGGAAUGGUUCCAUUGCAUUAGGCGCUGAUGAUACCGAUGCAACAACUUAUGGGGAAGAAAAUAGAGAUUUUGGGAUGGAAGACUUUUCAUAUGAUCCUAACAAUGAUGCGUUCAUAGCACCAAAUCACUAUGAACCAUCCUACCAGCCUCCAUCACCCCGCCAAUGCAGUCCACCAUCUCAUUCCCCUUUAGGUUCGGAGGUUCCCACUGAAAAACCAAGCCGCAAUAAGCGAAAUAGAUCCGAGUAUGAAGUGAGUUCUAGCUCAGUUGGGACCAAUAAUCAAGCCAAAGUUCUAGAAAAUCUUUCUAUUGGCAUUGAGACUAUUUCUGCCAAUUUUGUUAAAAUAUCUAACCUAAUGGAGAAAAGAGAAAGAGACAGAGACAGAGAGAGGGAUAUUUGGGAUGCUAUAAAAGAGAUACCAAAUUUGGAUGACAAUACUCGUUACAUGGCAGGUGAAUUGCUUAGUAAUAAAGCAAAGAAGGACUUGUUCUUGAAGAUGUCAUUGGAAGAGCGCUCAUCUUGGAUAAAAUUCAAGUUAGGAUGA